AUGUCGGCUACCACGUAUGACAUCAUCCUGGGCCUCUUGUCGAUUCUCCCUGGCAUCGGUUGCAUCGUCGCCAUGGCCUACACUUGCUUUUUCACCAAGCAUGGCUUUCGACCGGUACCGCUACUCGACCACGACUUUUUGAACUUUAUGCCUGGGAUAGACCGAAGGGAGCUGGAAGAGCAGUUGGCCAGCGAAUCCCGAUGGACUUGUGGCAUCUGCAGCUUCAAGAACCUCGAUUCCUCCCUCGUCUGCAGCCUCUGUAGCACAGCUGCCCUUGUCAACGCGAACGAGCCAUUGACCACGCCCCAGCGAAUGGUUAGGAGGAGAAGGCAGUGGACACGAGAUAUCGACGACAACCAUCACGUGCAUUGGGUGGCCCACAGCGAAGUCAGCACGUUGCACAAGUCUUGGAAGGCUGACGUGGUGUCCUUGUCUGGGGAGUCUGGAACGCUACCGAUGCACGUUGUGCCACCACGUGACUCGGAAUUGAAGCCACCCGCGGCCACAAGUGUGUGGCCCGACGUCGCGUCCAUGCCGCUCAAAUUACAAUGGAGUCCGUCCCAGCAACGCGAUGCCAACUGCACGAUGCUCGGCAAGGCGCUGUCCGUCCCCGUGUGGGAAGGCCUCGUGGCCAUCUCUCGCCUCAUGUUUUCGUCCAAGUACGCGUGGUUCCUGCAACAGGUCGCAGACAUGCGGCUGCCAGUGGCCGAGCUACGCUUGGAAGUCAAGUCCUGCCGCAUGACCUUGCUGGCGGACGCGACGGCGACGCUACUCGACCUGCAAGGUCCGACCCGAUGUGCCAUUGCCAGACACCAGUUUGACGGCGAAGUGGCCAUCGAUGCUGGCGCCGUCCAACGAGAAUGGUACACGUUGGUGGCUCAAGCGUGGAUGGACCCAGCAACCACAGGGCUGUUCGACAUUACCAACCGUACCAACAACUCGUACUACGUCAACCCCAAGCAACAACACAAUGAUAAUUCAAAAAGCCACCUCGAGCAGUAUCGCGCGUUUGGCCGGUUCUUGGGUCGAGCUCUACUGGACGGCCAAGUGCUUCCCAUUCAGCUCAACCCGGUGCUAUUUCAACUGUUGUUGGGGAUUCCCGUGGAGUUUGAAGAUUUGGAGUGCUUGGACCCUGUGGUGUUCAAGAGCUUGACGUAUGUGUUGGAGUGCCAAGACGUGGCUGAGCUGUGCCUGACCUUCUGCGCCACCAACGAGUAUGUGGAUGGUCAUGUGGAGGAAGUGGACUUGAUCGACGGGGGCCGCCACAUCUGUGUGGACAAGACCAACCGCGUGCAGUAUGUGGAGACAAUGACGAAGUACUUGAUCUGUGGUCGCAUCCAAGACCCAUUGAUGGCCAUGGUGAAGGGGCUGUACGACAUCGUGCCGCCUGAAUUGCUCGUGAUUUUCGACCACAAAGAGUUGGAACUGAUUUUGUGUGGGCUGGCGGUGGUCGAUGUCCAAGACUGGAAACGCAACACUGUCACAUCCCCCAACUUGACUCAGACGCGCCUGGUCGACUGGUUCUGGGACGUGGUGGGGGCGAUGGAGACCCACGACCAGGCCAAGCUGCUGCAGUUCACCACGGGGUCGUCUCGUGUGCCCGUGCAAGGCUUCAAAGGCUUGACGAGCUACGACGGUCGCAUUUGCUACUUUACCCUGAAUGGCGUGGCGUACGCAGCUGGCAAGUACCCCGUCGUCCACGCGUGCUUUAACCGCCUCGACUUGCCAUUGUACCCGACCAAAGACCUCCUCCAAGACGCGCUGAGCACGCUCCUGCUCUCAGACCCCACGGGAUUUAACACAGUGUAG